CCGAGGAGCGCAAUAAGCGGAAAGAGGACACGCGCGGUGAGGACGACAAGGUCGCUUUCGGACAAAGCAACCAGUGCGCGCUUCGUCGAGAACGGCUAUGGCGGCGACUGCGGGUGCCGUGACGUGCGCGAGGGGGGCCGCCUUCGAUGAGAUCCUCGCGGCUGUUGAUUGCGGUUCGAAUUGUACGCGGCUGCUAGUGUGCCACGUGGAGCAACCUGGCAAGCUCUCCCAGGACGGCGGCAUGCGACUGACACGCUUCACAAGCAUGGGGGAGGGGUUGGGGGAUGGGGGAGGGGAGCUGACACCUGAUGCUCUGCGGAGGACCGUGGAUGUUCUUCGGGAGUAUCGUGCGGUCGUCGAUGGCAAAGUUCAUGGGCAGGGGAUCGACGGCGGCGAGCGCCCGCCGCGCACCAUGCGCGUGCGCAUGCGAGCUGUCGCCACUUCCGCAGCUCGGCGCGCUAAGAAUUGCGACUCCUUUCUUGCUGCUGCGCAGGCGGCGCUGGGAUCUGUCCGUCCGGACGUCAUCAGCGGGGAGGAAGAGGCACGUCUCUCUUUCCUCGGCGCCGUGUCCGGUCUGGAUCCUGCCAUGGGACCUUUCCUCGUCGUCGACAUGGGCGGAGGCUCCACGGAGCUUGCAUUUGGUCCCGCACCUGGUCCGGAAACUUGUCCUGGUUCGGAAACUGGUCCCGAACCUGGUCCUACAGUAUCGGGAUCCGGAUCCAAUUGUUGUGACAAUGGAGUGACGAUCCAGGCUGCGGUCCAGGAUCGCGAUCCCGGUCCAAUCGCACACUCCUCCGUACGGCCAGAAUCGGCCGACUCGGAGGAGGUCGGACGAUCUCGAUCUACCGGCUUCCCGGAUGAUGCCGUUGCUGGUCCAGAGGAUGGUCCUGAACCUGUUCCAGGAUCGACGGUCUGGUCCCAUCGCGGCAGUGGAAAUGGAUGGGAUCCCCAUAGCGGACCUAGGGUUAUUGAAUCCGUUGAAAUUGGAACGGUUCGAUUAACGGAGCGUUUUCUAAAGAGUGACCCUCCGACCGCUGAGGAGCUGCGGGCGUGCCACGUGGCAGCUCUCGGUUGCUUCCGAGAGGUACUCAAGAGACGGCCGGUGUUCGCGCAGGCGCGCACGAUAAUUGGCGUUGCUGGAACGGCUAGUACUCUCGCUGCCAUGGGCAUGGAGAUGGUCACUUACGACCGUACACGUGUUCACCUUUCGAAGCUGACACGUGGCACGGUGCGGCGGGUUUUCGAUCAGAUAAAAGGUAUCCCGACCGCCGACCGUGUCGGGAUCCCUGGCUUGGAGAAAGGCCGCGAGGACGUCAUUGUGGCGGGGUGUGUCAUCGUCCUGGCCCUCAUGGAGGCGUUAGGUAGUGACACGUGGCUUGCCUCGGACUGUGACCUCCUCGAUGGCAUCGUUCUCGACCUGCUACGUCGGGACAGGCAGUGAAAUGGGUUAUAUACAUAAACUCCGACGAAACAGUUUGUCACAGCCCCUCGUUUCUUGUCCUCUUCUCCCUCCCUCUCUGCCUACGGUUUACUGGGCAGCUCUGUUUGACGAUGUAUGUGUACGGCAAGCCAUUUGCAGGUGUUGACAUCAACGGUGCUACGUGUGAGCAUCCCGAUGAGAUUUUAUUCUACUUUGCAUUUUCAAUUGUAUUUUUUGUUCCCCAUUUUUCCUUCCUUAUUAGCAGUCUGAAUCGCUUUGUUCCAUACGUUUUAUUUUCUUUAAUUUUAAUCGUUUUUUCCAUUUUUCUUUUAGUUUUUCUCCUUUUGCAAUUUUGCAAA